GUUAUUGCAUUAUUGCAUACAUAGUCGGCUGAUGAUUAAAAUACUAUCUAUCAAUAUUUCUAUUUUUAUAUCAUUAUUCUAGUAAGCUUAUUUUGUUUUUCUCAUUUUAUUUUCAUAAAAACUCAAUUCAAUAGAACAAUUUUAUAAAAUCUAUUCCUAUCUCAAUACUACACAUGCGUAUUGCUCUAAGAGUAGGGUCACGUGACUAGUUUUCGUCUCCCAUUUGGCAGAGUUGGGUUUUUGGAGUUCGUCUUGUCUUUCGGCCAUGAUGUUGAACGCGUUAACAAGGGCUGCCUCUGGGGCUUUAAGGGCUGUAAAACCAGCAGUAAACCCUCAAGUAUUAAGCAAUGAAGCCAUCAAGAUUGUUGGUUCACUUUCAGCUACAUUUCAUAUGACAAGCAGAAACAAGCUGCCACAUCUAUCUCUUGCCUUGAGAGAGAAAGAUAACCCUGAAGAUCCUUCCAAACCAAAAGAAACCCCUAUUUCUGAAGAUCCAGCCAAAGCAGAUAGCUGUGAACCUAUUCAAAGCAAAGAAUCUGAUGAUAUGGUGUUAUGUAGUGAAAAAUGCGGCGAAGAAGAGAAAGAUUGUAAAGAAAAUGAAGUGUGCUCCACAUUACCUGGAGAAUGGAGAGAGGGUACAAUAUGCUCCGAAGACCCACCUCCUGUACCUUGUCAUCUGCAAAAAUCAGACACCGAUCCUGCAUCCUCUGAUCCUAACAUUCCUGGUGCUGCAUCCUCUCAUCCUGCUUCUUCCGCUGCUGCAUCCUCUGAUCCUGCUUCUCCCGUUGCCAUGUCCAUGGGGGAACUUAGUGGAUCCCCUGGGUCAGCCGAAGCUCAAGGACCCAAGGGACCACUCGUACCCAAAGGUCCUCUAUUCCCUGCUCUGGACCCAAGCGUAUAUAAUGCCGAGAUUGAUAAAGCUUAUGCCACGGCAGCGCAGGCAAAGCCGGCGGCCGGCAAAGGCAGCAAGGGCAGAAUCGUGGCGGUGAUCGGUGCCGUCGUCGACGUGCAGUUCGAUGAUGACCUGCCCCCCAUCCUCAACUCCCUCGAGGUCCAGAACAGGUCGCCUCGUCUCGUGCUCGAGGUCGCUCAGCAUCUUGGAGAGAACACAGUACGAACGAUCGCUAUGGAUGGUACCGAAGGUCUGGUCAGAGGACAAGAAGUGAACGACACUGGCUACCCCAUCAGGAUCCCGGUCGGAGUUGAAACUCUUGGAAGAAUCAUCAAUGUCAUCGGUGAGCCAAUCGACGAGAGAGGUCCCAUUCCAACGGACAAGUUCGCCGCCAUUCACGCCGAUGCACCCGAAUUCGUCGACAUGAGUGUCGAACAGGAGAUUCUCGUCACUGGAAUCAAGGUCGUCGACCUGUUGGCUCCCUAUGCCAAGGGAGGAAAGAUUGGUUUGUUCGGUGGUGCUGGAGUCGGCAAGACUGUAUUGAUUAUGGAGCUGAUCAACAAUGUAGCCAAGGCUCACGGAGGUUACUCAGUGUUCGCCGGAGUGGGAGAGAGGACCCGCGAGGGCAAUGACUUGUACCACGAGAUGAUUGAGUCGGGUGUGAUCUCGCUCAAGGACAAGACUUCGAAGGUGGCGCUUGUGUACGGCCAGAUGAACGAGCCCCCCGGCGCCCGCGCCCGAGUCGCCCUCACCGGUCUCACUGUCGCCGAGUACUUCCGCGACCAGGAGGGCCAGGACGUGCUGCUCUUCAUCGACAACAUCUUCCGCUUCACCCAGGCCGGUUCAGAGGUGUCCGCCCUGCUCGGUCGUAUCCCUUCGGCCGUCGGUUACCAGCCAACGCUGGCCACUGACAUGGGUACCAUGCAGGAGCGAAUCACCACCACCAAGAAGGGAUCGAUCACCUCGGUGCAGGCCAUCUAUGUGCCGGCCGAUGACUUGACUGACCCUGCCCCCGCCACCACAUUCGCCCACUUGGACGCCACCACUGUGCUGUCCCGUGCCAUCGCUGAGUUGGGCAUCUACCCCGCUGUCGACCCCCUCGACUCCACCAGCCGUAUCAUGGACCCCAAUGUCAUCGGUGCCGAGCACUACAACGUUGCCAGAGGUGUCCAGAAGAUCUUGCAGGAUUACAAGUCACUGCAGGAUAUCAUUGCCAUCCUGGGUAUGGAUGAAUUGUCUGAGGAGGACAAGCUGACUGUUGCCCGUGCACGUAAGAUCCAGAGGUUCCUGUCUCAGCCAUUCCAGGUCGCUGAAGUCUUCACCGGACAUGCCGGCAAGCUGGUGCCUCUCGAAGAGACCAUCAAGGGAUUCUCCAAGAUCUUGGCCGGAGACUACGAUCACCUGCCUGAGGUAGCUUUCUACAUGGUUGGACCCAUCGAGGAAGUUGUAGCCAAGGCUGAAACUCUAGCUAAGUCCACAUCGUAGAUAUAGAAAGGUUCACUAAAGAGUCUUAAUUAAUUAAAUGUUACUACAUGAACAUUGCUAUGCAGCAGUACUUCGUGUUUUACUCUUAUCAUCCUUUUUUAUUUCACUCAGUUCUAGUUGAUGUACAUGAGCUGAUGUAAUAUUACUGUUGAAAUUAUUAUGCUUUUCUAAAAAAUCAACGUUUCUACAAAAUGAAAAAGUAGUGAUCACUCAGCUGCUGAGCAUUUCAAUUUAUCGUUAAUUCCACUACCAUUAAAUGUAAUAGAUUAUCAUUUCUUGAGAAAUAAUUAUUAUCCAAACCUGUGAAGGAUGGCCUGAGUGGUACACAGUGUUAAUUGAUGUUAUUCAAUAAACAAUUUUAUGUUACAAUG